AUGCGCAGCGUCUAUCGCAUUCUCUCCUCCCCAGUCUGGACAGGGUCGAGGAGACCGGGGGCAGGAGAGGGCACAGGUAAUUGGCACGGCGAAGGCCAGCACCCUAUCGCGUGCCACCACACUGGCUCGGAACCCCGGAAGUGGGAAUGCUAUGAAGGCCACAUGAAAGUGGAGCCAUUAUGUCCUGACUCAGUCCAUCAGUCGGCCACUGAGCACAAACGGAACCGGGCUGGCUGCGGUCUGAACUGAGGCGCCAGUUGACAACCUUCCAGGCCGCGCCUUCCAGCGCAUCAUGGCAAUCUCAAACGCGUCAGAUUGUCUAUAGCAAGAGAGUAUGCGCUGGGAGACGACCUCACUCCACCCCGUUACAUGCACCAGUCUCCGGUCCGAGCCGGCCAACCAACCGAUGCUGAAAUUGGAAGAACUGGCUGAAAGAGUUUGCAACGGCCCGCGUGCGCUUGCCACUUCUCCCUUACACUUGCCAGGGUUCUACACAGAAUGGAUUAGACUGCUCGGGUCUCGGAUGCAGCAGAGCCACUUGGAGGAAGGAGAUGAAGGGCAAACUUCCCUACCUACGUGGUGGGUGCGGGCGACGUGGGGCGUUAGGGGCGUUCAUGUGUGACUAAUGUUUUUGUCGGGAGAUGUGUGGCGAUGCUGGUCGUGUCUACCGUGAUUUACCGCGGGUUUUCAUGGAGGCGCAUGAGACUAAAGAAGCCCAUGCGGUACACUCGCGAGUGACUAAUCAGGUCGAUGCGUGAGGCGAAUGUGCGGUGGCAGCGUGGGCAGGAUAGGUUGGAGGCGAGGAAGAUGCUGCUCGAGUCUUCUUUACCAUCAUUCAAGUUGUACGGCACUUUUACAUCGGGGUAGUAGGGGACAUCCUUUUGCUCGAUAGUGAUUCGAGGAGAGUUGCAUUCAACCUUCGGAGACGGGCGGUAUAUAAGACCACCAUUUCAUCCGGAUUGACUGAGAGCAGCCGGAGGCGAAAUCUAUGCUCCGUUGCCUGUUUUCUCCGGUCGUAGUGUUGAAGGCGCAGUCGUCCUCAAAGAGCAGAUCGUGUGCCGUGGUUGUAGAUACCCGCGUUCGGGCCUGCAUGCGCCUGCCGUUGAGAAGAUGCCCGUCAGUUUUAUGGACGAGGUGAACCCCAGCGCGCCCAUCAUGAUAGGCUUCCAUCAGCAUGGCGGACAACAUGAGGCAGAAGAGGGUGUAAUCGAAAGCUACACUGGCUUUCCGGCACUGGCCUUUGCUUGAGGUGGCUGUUGAGACGAUUGAGGAUAAGGCGAGCGAAGAUCUUCCCAGCGACGCUCAGUAACAAGAUGCCUCUGUGGUUACCACAGAGUUACCGGUUCCCCUGCGCUUAUGCAGGUGGAUGGUGGUUGCGUCCUUGAGGUCCUGAUGGACCUUCCCUUGUCGUCACAUAUCCUGGAAGGUCUCUGUAAGGUGAUCCAUCAAUCAGUGACCGCCGUGCCUGUGGAUUUUAGCUAUGAUCCCGUCGGAGCCUGGGGCUUUCCCGUUGGAGAGUUGUUGCAUGGAGCGGAUUGUUUCUGGAAGUGAGGACGAGAAUAACAGGUCGAUAUUGAUUUCCACUCAAGUGAACCGCCGAUAGUGCGUUGGAGAUUGCAGAGGAGCGGUUAAGGACACCCUUGACGUGCUCGGCCGAGCGCUUCAGGAUCUGCGUCAUCUCUGUCAGAAGUGUUGGUCCAUCAGAGUUGAGGAGCGGUGAGAUUUCUUUCGUCGCGGGACCGUAGAUCGCUUUGAUCGCGACGAAGUAGUUUUUCGUUUCAUUGUGGUCGGCAUAUCACUGAAUCUCCUCGACCUUGUGAGUCAUUCAGGCUUCCUGCAUUUCUCGCAAUCGCUGCGAUAACCACAAAGACAUCUUGUUACUGAGCAUCACUGAGGCUAUUCGCCCGUCUUCUCCUCAAUCGUCUCAACAGUCACCUCAAGCAAGAACUAUUGCUGGAAAGCCAGUGUAGCCUACGAUGACACCUUAGGACCACAAACAUGGUCUUCGCUGCUCACCGCCUGUAGGAGAGGUGUCAGGAGAUUGCAAACCUGCCUCUACGCUGCCUUCGUGGACUUGACGAAAGCCUUCGACGCUGUGAAUCGCGAGGGACUCUGAAAAAUCAUGCCGAAAUCCGGCUGUCCUGGGCGAUUCACGUAUCAGCUUCUCGACGGGAUGACGGCGCGCGUCACGGACAACGGCCCAAUCUCCGAGGCAUUUACAGUGACCGAUGGAGUGGAGCAGCACUGGGUACUCUCUCCGCUAAUGGAAGUCUACCGUGAUGGGCGCCGUGGGGUUCGCAUCGUCUGUAAAACUGACACGCAUCUUCAUAACAGCAGGUGCAUGCACGCCCUGGCGCGGCUAUCUACGAUCACGGUACAUGAUCUGCUCUUCGUAGACGACUGCGCACUCAACACUACGACCGUAGAAGACAGGCAGUGAAGCAUGGAUUUAUCCGCCUCCGGCUACUCCCAAUCAAUCCGAAUCCGGACGUUGAAUACAACACUCCUAGAAUCACUGUCGAGCAAAAUGAUGUCCCCUACUACCCCGAUUUAAAAGUGACGCACAAUUUGAAUGAUCGUAAAGGAGCCUCGAGCAGCAUCUCCCUCACGCCUCCAUUCCUCAGUCCUGCCUUUUAUAUCAGGAUGGUAGGGCCAAAAGGACUGAAAAUGCGUAGGCGAGCUGAGUGAUCAUUCAUUCCUUCGUCUACGCGUGCCCCACGCAUUCUGUUAUCUUAGCCGCCGGUGGUUUUCCACAGAGCCCCGUCAGGAAUCAUUUCCUUCAAAUCGAAAGGAGGAUCAUGUUAUCUAACCUCUUUUGGGACGUCAUACCGUCGGAAAUCAGGGUUGGGUCGACUGGACAUCAGCCCCAAGGCACUCGCCAAGGUGGCUCUCGCCUACAAUCGCGUUUCUUGGUCCUCCAUUUAGGUUUGACGUAUCGCUCACAUUUGGAGUUAAGGGUAUGCGGUACACUAUCUCAGACUCUCCUGCUCAACUCUCCUGGUUCGGCAGUUGAGGGCAAUAAAUGGGAAUCCUAGAGUACAAUCUCAUUGAGCCGUGUACAUGAGGCUUAAGUCAACAAUGAGGAGAAUUUCAGACAGUCGUCGAAUGGUCAGUCUUGCUGGAUAUUGCUACUAGCUGCUUCAAAUCCCCUUGCGAGGAGCAGAUAUAUGGUCCACCUACAUCGAAGCCUUUCGGAUUUGGCCUAGAAGUUAUGACCUCCGGGACCCUUCGGAAGGUAUAGGAGCUUAAGCUCAUUUCCUUGGAAGGGCAAGUCUCUAUUUUGCCCCGUUGGCGGAGAGGUCAUACAAGGAUAGGCAGUAACCAGGAUGUGACCAGUUACAUGUAGGAAGCUUCGCUGUUAGCUGCCCUGUGGCGGAAAUUAGGAUGGUUUGAAGAAGGAAGUGAUGCUGCCACUAUAGUGUGAGCGACCGAAGUCUGACAUGACUGCUUUAUAAAAUGCAGCAAAGUCCAAUGUCGUCACUCUAACAUGGCGUUAAAUAAAUGGUCCUGCCACCUGUUUAGUGAAAGCGGUACAGAAGGCAGUCUAGGCGGCCGCUGAUAAUGGGCCUUUGCUCAAAGUCUCCACAAAAUAUACGAUAAAUGUCCAAUUCAAGUAGUACUAUGACCCACGCCUCGGUGUAUGCGCGAAGCCGCGCGUUUCGAGACCCUAGUGAAUUGGUGCAGGCGAGUAGUAAGCGAGCUGGACUCCUCAAACCUGAACGAAGUCUUAGUACUGAAAGCAGGAAUUUGCGAACGUCCCUAGACCCCGAUACUCAAGGUCUGACGGACCGCACUCUUUUACCAGUACACCGGUCUCUCCGAAGUUUAAAUACGCGACUUAGACGCUCCGGGUUUCCGGACACCGAAGACGGUCCCGCCUCAUCCUGCGGCCCACGCGACUCUUUCGGUGAACGUGGCUCAGCGAUCGCUCUCUCGAAACAGGCGAACAAAUGACGUAGAAAUGACUGAAGUGGCGCUCUGUCGUCGCCCUGUACGCACUGACAUCAGUUACAGCUGAAAAAAUGUUCCUCUGGCAACCGCCACAGAUGAUUGGGAAAGGCUCCUGUCGAGUGAGCCGUCGAUUAUUUUCGUAGAUUGGGAAGACUGGACUGGGUCAGACACUCUUCAGGCGACCACAUUAUUGACCACUUUGCACCUGGCUCUCGGUACGACAAUGGCGAGAAGAUGCUGAACUUUGCUGAUCAUCAAUUGACUUCAGCAGCACCACAAAAUAUUCCGAACGAUGGUCAUAUAGCCAGUUCGACUGCCUGCCUUUGGCUAGGUUGCGGUUUCGCAACUUGGAUAUUUGUAGAAGGCCGACGCAUGGUGCCGGAAGUAUCAAUGCAUAUAGUAGAUGUGCUAACUCAUGAAAUGUCAAACAAUCUUUCGAAAUGCGUUCUCGUUUCGAAAAGAUAAAUUAAGUAGUGUUGUAAAACUAAUCAUGAUACAGCAUAAAUCUAUAAUGAUCCAGUUACCUCAGGCUGCCGGCUUUCGAAAGAACUUAUUUUCGGCUGCAUGCAAGAUCCAUACUGCGCAAAAAAUGACUACUUAAGUAGCAUGCAAUUUUCUCAUUGAUUUUCGAUGCCCUUGAAAAUUCAAUUAUAUUUCAUGGAAAACAUGCAUAAAAAUACUCAUUCUUUUACCUAUACAGUAGAAAAUCACGUUUUUUUCCAAGUUCAUACUCAAAAGAAGAGUAUAAUUUGGUUUUGAAAAAGUUUUUAAUUGUGAGAUUUUUUAAUACCGUUAAAUGGCCGUUCAUGAAACGUCAUGAAUCUGCAUUUACGAAUGUGGCUUGUAAAGUUAACAAUACUGCUCAAAUCCACUGCUUAAUUUUAUGAACCUCAUAUAGUCUCCUCUUAACACCGUAAAGAAAUGCAUGCAACAUUGUGUCGGCACGUGUUCUCGCCGUAUGCGACUGUACAUAAGUUCAUCCCUUGGUGUUACGAUAUUACGGCAACUCAGCACGACUAAGGCGCUGAGCACAGAACGGCGAUGUGAAGUUACAGCCUUAGUCGGUGGUAAGGGCAGCAGCAGCAGCAGCAGCAGCAGCAGCAGCAGCAGCAGCAGCAGCAGCAGCAGCAGCAGCAGCAGCAGCAGCAGCAGCAGCAGCAGCAGCAGCAGCAGCAGCAGCAGCAGCAGCAGCAGCAACGGAUUGCUACAAGUGGGGCCUUCAGUCCGCAAGGCAGUUGA